AUGGGCUUGACGCGUAACCUGGAAGUGGUACUUGUAGACUCCGAUUCGGAUGCGGAGCUCGGCCGGAUUUCCAAGCGGCAAAAAGCAGAGCCACAAGAGGGCACCAUCGCGCCGUUUACGAAGGCCUUCAUGCGAGACUCAGACACGGACCUGGUGUCCAGCUCGGACCACCAGGCUAACCAAACGGGCGAAAAUGCUACGGAGACUGCCUCUCAAGACUUUGAUGUACCACUGACGUCGUCGCUGUCGGCGCCAAGUGUUGAUUCGUCUGAUUUGGACGAAAUUGACGAGGAUGAUGGCAAAAGCGAUGCCGAUGCCCCACCGCUGUCCAUGAAACAAACCAUCUACGAAACACGCAAGUUUUUGAAACUGCGAGGAGUUAUGGAGUUCCUUGAGACUUUCCUCCCGCCCACGGCGACCAGCGAAAACAUCAUGGACCUCAUUAUCAAGUUGGGCUUCGUGCCUCGCAACAUCCCCCCAGUAACCGAGGGAGAAAACUUGUUGCAACUUAUCAAACUAUUGCACUUGGCAAUGAAACGUGUUCGCCAGUUGCGUUCGCGUUUAGAAAAUUUCUACACGGUUGAACAUGUAUUGGACAAGCUCCGUACUGCAAAAAAGAUCCUAGUUAUCACGGGCGCUGGAAUUUCCACGAGUCUCGGGAUCCCCGACUUCCGUUCUUCCAAGGGCUUCUACUCACGGCUUUCCAACUUGGGUCUUUCAGACCCUCAGGAAGUGUUCGAUUUGGACAUUUUUCGCACCGACCCAUCCAUCUUUUAUUCCAUUGCGUACAUGAUUCUACCACCAGAUAAUGUAUACGCGCCUCUUCAUCGAUUCAUUAAGCUUCUUCAGGACAAGAACAAACUUUUGCGCAAUUACACUCAAAACAUCGACAACUUGGAGGCGAAUGCAGGCAUUCUGCAAGAUAAAAUGAUUCAGUGCCAUGGCUCUUUCGCGUUUUCCACUUGCGUCACCUGUGGCUAUCAAGUUCCCGGUGAGACAUUGUAUCCUCUCAUGCGCAAGAAGGAGAUUCCAUACUGUCCUAUGUGUGCGAAAAAGAGAAAGAAGCUCAUGGAUAACGACGACACGUAUAUUGAAGAGAGCUAUGGUGUGAUGAAGCCUAACAUUACAUUUUUCGGAGAAGCUCUCCCGCGUGUUUUCCACGAUAAUAUAAAUCGCGAUUUGGCCGAUUGCGACUUGGUGAUCAGCAUCGGUACGUCUCUUAAAGUGGCUCCUGUGGCAGAUAUAGUCGAUAAGGUUCGUCCUGAAGUACCACAAAUCUUGAUCAACAAGGACCCGAUUCAGCAUUGCAACUUUGAUGUUAGUUUACUUGGCUAUUGUGACGACGUUGUAAGUUACUUGUGUCAUCGGCUAGGAUCUGAGUGGGCUAUUGACCAUGCUGAUUACCCAAAAUUAGUGGGUCAAGACGGUCAGAAUUUGAAACUAGAGCAAGGAGAUGAUAAAGGAGUGUUUCACAUUCAUAAUCUACAGCGAGAAGCAGAAUUGGCUUCAAUGCCACCAGCAACGAUCGAGGAGCCUGACUUGGUGAUUUUGGAGCCCACUCUUAAUUAA